GCACAAGUGUGUAGAACCUGUGAGACGCGCUCAAACGUGGUCAUAUGGUCGACAGAAUCGUUGACCGGCUGGCGGACGUGAUGAUGGGCGUGGAGUCGAGCCCGGCAGCCCCAGCGGAGCGGAGCGCGUUGAGGGCAUCAGCGAUGGAGCUGGACGACCUGGAGUCGGGCCUGCGGUCGGCUUCAUCCGGAGAAUCUCUGGGAGAGUCCGAGCCCGCAGAGGACUCGACAGAGUCCGAGCUGUCCGAGCGCGCGGAGAGCUCUCCAGGCCCCUCGCGGAGUUCGCGCCUCCGUCGUCUCAGCAGCAAGAUCCGCUCCCUCUCGUCGCCGCGGCUGUGGUGAGCCGCGCCCUUAUUCUGUCUGAGUGAAGCCCCUGGCUGCCACACCUGCUGGGCCGCGCUCGCCUAUCUGCGUAGCAGUGCAGUGUGUGUCCCAUCGAGGGUCCACGUGUGUCUGCCCCGCUAUUAUCCACUCUCUCCCUCUCCCCAUCCGUUUUUUCGCAUGCGUGUGUCUCUCUCCUACGGGUUUCGAGUCUUCAGAAUCGGUGUGCCAAGUACCAGAGUCGCAAACUACAGACGCGCGCUGACCGGGGCUCGAGUAAAUAAA